CAAUAUGCAACUUCAAUUACAGAAUCUUUGUUGAUCUUUUUCCUUGCCCUUGGCCCUUGGCCUUUGUUUGAUCUUAUCAGUUAUCAUCCAUGUUGGCUAUACUGUCUAUAAUGUUGGCGUAGGUAAUGGCGUAUCAGUAAUUCAGUAUCUUGCAUCUAAUCUAAUUUUAUUUUGUUGAAAUUCAUCUUUAGUGUAGUGGACGGCUGAUUAUUUGUGAAAAAAAUCUUCCAAGUUCACAAUCAAGAUAACCAUGAGCGAUUACGACGAAAGUGUAGACGGGCUGGCAGAAGAUGAGGAAUCUGCCGAAUCUGAAAGCAGUGAUGAAAUCGACGAAGAAAGCGAAUAUGCCGACUAUCUGAGAAUGAAUUGGGGUUGGGAAUUCGAUGGCGACACUAACUUCGAUCGCAAGUGCAAACGAUGCAAAACUGAAGACUCUUAUAAAUUCGUGACUAUAAAUCCGGUAAUUCUAACCAACGUUCCCAAAUUAAUGGAUAUGGCUUCUGUUACGGUUGCAGCAAGUCUAUGGAAUCACAUCAAUGUUCCUAAAGCUGUACGCAGUGUAAGCGAUAGAUGUACGAAAAGAAGCACCCAAUGGAGCUCAUUGUGCGGAGACGUAAUCGCAUUAGUCGCAAAGUUACCGGUUCCAAAACCAAUCGCCGAACAGAUCGAUCGAUAUGUACGCAAAAUGACCAACGAAAUAACCGCUUGGGUAUCGUAUCAUUAUAGAACGGUGUUUUUGAGAAAUGGGCUCGAUAAAUUCGUCUACAGUCUGGUUUAUCAUAUUGUUUGGUAUCCAAACGGUGCUAUCGACUGCGUUCAAACUGCCAGAAGUAUGAUGACGUCGAUGAGAUUGAGCGAUGUUGAAAAAUUCCGAUUUUUAUGCGUGUAUUGUUUGUACGAUGACAUGAAUGAAAUGUCGCCGCUGAUGUAUUUGGACAAUACUAUAGAUUACUUGAGCUGUAACGAAGAUACUUUGAUUUUUUAUUGGUAUUGUUAUUUUAGAAAUGAAUUGGACCAGAUUCCGGGAUACAAUCAGAAUGUAUCUAUCAACAUUUACAUGUUACAUCAUGAUAAAGUCGAUAAUUGGCCAGCCAAAGAGUAUUUUUUCGAUCGACUAGCAUACGACGAGCAAGCACGAGAAGCUAUUCGGCUGAUUGACAAUCAUGGCGCCGUUUACCAGAAAGCAGUAUUGCUGAAAUUGGAUGAAACGCAGCGUCUGCACGUUUACAUGGAACGAGCUACGCAAGUGAUCGUGAAUUACGCUCGUCCUCGCAUCAGUUCGAGAUUUAUUCUUCAGACGUGGUUCGAAGCUCGGAAUUUGAUAAGCAAAGAUCAGUUUUUGAUUUUAUUUCGACAACUGUUGAACUCAGAAGUGAAAGAUGUUCUCCUGAUGGAGAUUUGGGCCAGUGCUAACGAUGAUUUCAAACAACACGUAGUCUGCGCUAAUGUUCAUGAAAUUAUCAGAAAUGUAUUGAUAGUAUGGAAGUGGCGCGACGAUUGUGAUUUCAUAUUUGUUUUGUUACAAGAUGCCAAUGCUACGAUGAAAAAAUCAAUCACAAUGCAAGCAUUUUUCAACGAAUACUGCAAAAGAUUAAUAAGGAACAGCAAAUGUGAAGAGCUUGAUCGAUUGCUGGUAUUCUGUUUGCCUGAUACCGAAGAUUUGGCUCAAUUUAAAAUGAACUUCGUGUAUGGUUCGGAAUCUGAUUUUUUCAAUGAACAAUGCGGAAUAUUAUUGAUUAGCAGUAAGUUUCACGAGCUCAAUCAGUUGCUGGAAUUUUGUUUUUCCGACGCCGAGGUUUUGCUGAACUUCAAAAAGAACUUCAUCAAUAAUUCGAAAAAUAACAUUAUCAGUAGGCAUUGCGAAAGAUUAUUAACGAGCGGUAGAUUUCAAGAGGUUGGCGUAUUGCUGGAAUUUUGUUUUCCCGACGCUGAGGAUUUGCUGCAGUUUAAAAUAAACUUGGUGAAUAAUUCGAAGCAUACUAUUAUCAAAUUGCAUUACGUAAGAUUAUUAACGAGCAGUAAAUUUCAAGAGCUUGAUCAAUUGCUGGAAUUUUGUUUACCUGAUGCUGACCAUUUGGCAAAAUUUAAAAGAAACCUCGUGUACAGUUUGGAGUUUUUCCUUUUCGACACCCACUGCGAAAAAUUGUUGGUGGAUGGUAAAUAUCAAGAGUUCGAUCAGCUGCUGAAAUUUUGUCUUCCCGACGUCGAGGAUUUUCUGCAGUUUAAAACGAACUUCAUGAAUAAUUCAAAACGUAACCUCAUCCAUACGCAUUGCGAAAACUUAUUAAUGAACUGUAAAUUUAAAGAGCUUGAUCGACUGCUGGAAUUUUGUCUGCCUGGCGCUGAUAAUUUAGCCCAGUUUAAAGUGAACCUCGUGAAGAAUUCGAAACAUGUUAGAAAAACCUGCUUGGCGUUUUAUUCCUCAGGUGAUUUAAAGGGUUUGAAUGAUUAUCUCAAACGACUUUUAACCUCUGAUGCUGUGGUCCAGUAUAAAAAGGAUUUGAUAACAUCUUCGCACGGAAUAGACACGUGUGUUGGUCUGAUGGAUACAAAAUUUUCCAGCCUGAAUGGAAUUUUACAGGACGUUCCGAUUUCGAUAACUGAGUUUAAAAAGACGAUGAUUUUUUCAUCUGCGGCUAUUUCUAAACUAACCGAUUCAUUAUUGAAUAAUCGUUUGAACGUCGUACAAUUCUGUAUUGAUCGUUAUCUCAUCUCCACUGAUGAUAGAUACGCGUUGAAGAAGCAAUUGAUUGGCGAUAUUACGCAGCUAAUGCAGGCGGUAUUGAGUAAAAACGAUGAAUCGUAUUUGCAAACAGUUUUGGUUUGGUGGUUUGGAAGUGAAAAUGCCGUGCAAGAGUUCAAACGCACGUUGGACUUGGAUUCAAUUUUCAUCAGUGUAUUGAAAGAUUGUGUGUUUCUCGAGUACCAUCAUUAUUUGACGCAAUGCAGGUUUAAAUAUGGUAUCUGGAGCGACUUCGACGUUCUCGAUCGGUUUUUAAAUUGGUAUUUUCAGUCGCCGGUGAAAAUAAAAGAGUACAAAAUGAAGAUUAUUCAUUCGUAUUCGAAAAUAGAUAUGUUCCAGACUUUAUUGAGAGGAAAUCGAGGCGAUAUGCAGUUGAAAGAGGUGUUACAAUGGUUUUUCAAAAAGGACACCGCCGAAAUUGCUAAAUUCAAAAGGCGUCAAAAGGCGUGCUGGUAAAAGUAAAAUUACUAAUCUUAUUUAGAUAGUUUAUUGUAUGUAUGUGUUUUUUUUUGUUGGUUGAGUUGGAUGUAUUGUUUUUUAUUAUUGUCUUUUUUAAAAGUUAUUCUUUGCUUUUUUUGUUGUGAAUUGACUAUGAUUAUAAAGUACCUAAAUUCCUUACGUUAUUAUUAGCUUUUAUUGUUAUUUUUGUGCGUUUUUCAUCAAGAAUUAACUUAUCAUGUUAAGUUGGUAUCCAUGACUUUCUGAAAAUUUAAAACUUGUUUCGAUUUUUCAAAUUAAAGUAUGUACUACGAUA